CCUUGAACCAAUCCACGAACAAGGUUUUGUGUGCGAACAAUUUACCACAUUUAGUUUUACGUGUAAUGUCUAUUACUUACAGAUUUCCAUUGCCGCCCAUGUAAUUGAUAUUUGAUUUUUACGGAGAUAAUUUGAAUUUCAGUUCUUUGACUACAGGCAGCACCUUUUAAAUCAAAAAAUGAAUCGUUUCGGGGCCCUUGUCAGUUCAUCCGAGGAGGAGGUGGAGGAGAAGGUCGAGGUGCAGGUGACCGCAAACCAGACUCCAAAUAAGAGUAACAGGAAGAAAAAGAAGACCCGCAACGCCUCCGAAAAAACCGAUGUUGACGCUAGCAAGAGCGAUGCUACACCUGUUACGCCUGUGACAAACGGCAAAGGUGGGGGUGUUGUGUCUUCAGCGAAAACAAUAGAUAUUACGGACCAUGGUGCAACGUUGGGCAGCAUGACCACUACAGCUAAAAACAAUGCUAGUAGUGCUACGGGAAAUACCACUGGUGGUAAUGCCAGUAGUGCUACGGGAAAUACCACUGCAACUUCUGCAGACCAGCCUCAAGACAGCACGAAGAAAUUUAUCCCUGCUGCCCGCAAAAAACGGAGAGGAAAGCGAAUUUCAACACCGUCCCCGGUCCGAUGCGGGUCUCCUGAACCUGUGCUCUUACCUGUGGAAGAAGUAAAGACGUCAAAUAAAUCUACAACUACUGGUGCUAAUGUCGCUUCUUCAUCGAGUAGCGCAAAUGCUUAUACGUAUGCUGGUCCAUCUACUUCAGUUACUAAACCGAGUGCAUCUCCUCACGCUGCCGGCAGCACCAAUACUACUAGUACACUGAUGAGCAGGAACGCAUGGAAGCAGCAGCCUGAGGCGAACCCAGCAUCAAUGAAUAAACUUCCAUCUUCUGAUGCCGCAACACUAGUUUUACCAGAAGAACAAAAUUAUACUACUUCGUCAAGCAGUACAUCAAAGAGAGUGGUAGAAGUAGGUGAACCAUCUCCAGCAAUAGUACCUAGAACAAUCGCAUCGUCAAGCAGAACGUCAGAUGAAGGGAACCCAGUUGUAUCAACACAGGUAAAAAUGAGUAGCCCUCCUGUUGUCGAUGUGGUACCCAACUUACGGCUAUUGCAGUGGAACAUCCUAGCACCGACACUUGCCGAGGGAUCCGAAGCCGGUGAGGUGGAACGCAGGACCCGGCAACUCGGUCCAGAGUUGUACCUGCGGACGCCCAGUGACUGGAGCGGAGGCGUCCACUAUUUCCUGGAUGAUUAAGGGUUGGAAGUUGGCAUCUCUAUGACAGUAUCUCUAUGGUCUCUUCAACUUCAAGUACUUAGGAAAGCCAUAGAUGAUAUGCGAGCUACAACUAGAUGGGGGCCAACUUUCAACCCCUAAGAUGAGGGCGAAGGGCGGACACAUCAACACGUGUUUCGAGCUGCCAAUGAGGAUCUAGCAUGGUCACGACGCAAGGUUCGUAUUUUCCAUUCUUUGCGCGACUACUUCUUCCCAGAAUCCCUCUAUCCUGCUUCGGGCCCGCCUGUAAGUGCUGGGCACCAGGUCAACAACAACAUAGACCACUGCGAAGAUUACAACUCCGGCAGACACAACGGAGCUGCUGCGUCCAGAUCUGUGUCCUCUCCUGCUGCACUGGAUUUUGCGUGUUUGCAGGAAAUAGAGGAGCCAUUUUACAAGAAUUUGAUCGAAACUUUUAGAUCCGUUGCGGUAGUGCGCCAAUGCUUGGAGUCGGUGGAGGUGGAUGGGAUCUUUUUCAAAAAACGUGGCCAUUUCGCCAAGGACGGCUGCUGCAUUCUAUACAAUAGAAGACGGUGGCAGUUGCUCAAGAGUAAGCGGACGAAGUUGAUGGACAACGCGAUUAUGGUGGCAGCGAUGGGGAGGUUUCGUCGGAUCGUGCAAAACCAGCAAGAGGAUGUGAUCAUAGCAACGACGCACUUGAAAGCAGGCUUUUCAGAAGCCAUGGAAUCCCUAAGGGUAGAGCAGGUAAAGGGACUCGCAUGGCACAUAAGCGAGUUUGAUGCGGAAACGUCACGAAUUUACUUAAGGCUCGUUUCAUUAAUGUACUAGUAAGAGUAACUAGAGGUAAGUCCAUCUGUAUCUUGAGAGUUGAGAGACACAACCGUCAUGAUCUAGAUCUUGGAGAUCCUUUCUAGCUAGCGGAAAAUAGCUCUCAGAUGCGUCUUGAAUUUUCAGGGCUUUUCCACUUUCUAUACACGGAAAAUAUCUUCUCCUUCCUCGUCUCCACCACAAAAUAUACAUGAAAAAUAUCUUCUCCUCCAAGAAGUGAGUGGGUCUCCUGAAGAUGAUGGAUCACUUCACGACCAGUGGUACUAUGACUAUCUUCAAAAAUAUCGUCUAAUCUAUGGCGCGAAUAAAUGUAAGGCUGUUGUGCUCGCCGCGGAUCUGAACUCCCACUGUCGGCCGUAUGUGAACACGAUCACUGUGGAGGGAGACCAGGUGAAAACCUUGCAGGACCCCGUUUUGCCGAGUGUCGUUCCUUUUCUCGAACGGCUUGGCUUUCGCAACGCCGUAGAGUCUAGGAGCGGAACUGCAGCGUUGAAUAUAUGGCUAGAAGAUGAUUUUUCUCGUUAGAAGGAACAAUGUUUGCAGUCAGAGUGUGUAAAAAUUUGCUUAGCUGAGGAGAAUAUGGCAAACUCGGUUUAUUUUAUCAAGCCAGGAACAAUUCAUUACCGUGAAGGUGAAAUACAAUAACUCUGUAUGAUGAUGAAAAACUAGCUCUAAAAACUCCAGCAUCAACCGAAGACACGUAUCCCGCAUACACGACGUGGGCAGGUUGGAUGGACCGGGACGUCAAAGCAGUGCUUGAUUACGUCCUAGUCUGGCGUCCCCCGAGUCUGAGUCCCGCCACGUCGACAGGCAUUACCGACAUCAGUAGCUCCUGCUUUCCUCACUUACCUCCACCAAAGAACGAUAUUAUUAAGGGUAGGUUAAAGGUGCUUUUCUUACCGCUGUUUAUGCCUCUUCUAAGGGGGAAAGGCAUAACAAGCGGGGUAAGCGUGCACCAAAAACCUACCGCUAAUAUUGAUACUAACCAGGAGCAUCGAAAUGUUGCAUCAACACUGGAAGUUCCCAGUUUCGCGAUAGAAUUCGCAGAUUUCGCCUCUCAAAAAGUGUUAGACGCGUAUGUUGUAGCAAAACCGGAGAAGCUACCGAAUCGCGACCAUCCCAGUGAUCACGUAGCCAUCAUCGCUAACAUUUGCAUAUAACUCAAGGGUUCUCACAGUCACAACCCGGUUGUAUAUUUUAAGUACUUAGGAGGUAAACGUGAUCAUUCAUCUGCGAAAGAACCGUGAUGGAGUGAUGUUGAGAAAGCGUGGAGACGCGGCCGAUCAGGUGAAACUCUACGAUGCAUAAGGGCAGGCCAGUGUGGUCGACAUCGAAGGAACUUUUACUCUGGCGGACGUGAUGUGUAGUCCCCGUCUUUCCUGCAGAUGGAUUACGGCUAGUAAGAGGAAGAGAAACAAGGCCUUCGCUAAAAGGAUCAUGGUGCAUGGACUGAGGGUCACACUUCAUGGACUUAGGGUUGCAGCUCGUGUACAAUACCAAGUAAGGCUUCUAGACAAGGAUGUUGGCUGCCUUCAUAGGGGUUCAACGCAAAAUUGUGUCCACCCGUGAAGUCUGCUCUUCAUCCUUGUUGUGUUACAUUAUAGCGCGUCCGUAUAUUAUAAGAUGGUUCAUGUUGUUGUGAGAUGCACUUGGAUUCACAUUCUGACACUAUGGGGUUGAUGGUAUAAUUGUUCCAUGAAAAGUAUCAUGUUGUACUACAUAUCGCAUGUUGAGUGUGAUAGGUUUGUUUUAGGCCAUGAAGACUUUUGCCUGGACGAACUUCAAGUUACCCUAGUACACGACCCAAGAAGCUGCAUCGGAUAGCUGCAUCGAAUGAGAGAGGACCUGAAUCGUCAGGUCUAGCAUUCCAAUAGGAGAAUGAUGAUGUGGUAGGGGAGAAGUUAGACGAGCUAACAAUAUAUAGCUGGUACGCAUCAAGAACUCACAGCAUUCAGGUGCGAACCCUUGUCGCAUGCUUAGAUACGUAUGAACGAACGCAAACUAGUACUUCCUGUUUACGUACAAGAAGAGCCAACAAGAUAGAC